AUGGCUAAUCCUAAACGGGGUGCCAAUUCGUGCUCUAAUAUAAUGUCAAUGAAUGGAAAUUACUUUCCAAGGAAGGGAAAAAUUGACGUUGAACAGUCGUGUCUUUCAAAGUUUCCUGAUUUUAGAGAAUCAACUAAAAGUGAUGGUAACCUCACAUUACUUGAUGGUACUUUUGCUCUUUCAGGACUCUGUCCAUUGAAUUUUUCAGCAGCUGAAAGUAUAUUGAGCAUAACAGCAACUGAUUGCUGGGCUUUGCUUGCUCCAUAUAUGGCCAAUGUGGUAUGCUGCCCUCAGUUUGAUGCCACUCUAGUGAUUCUUAUAGGUCAUUCCAGUAUUUACUCUCAGCCGCUUGCUUUGAACUUGACUGAUGCCAAGCACUGCCUCUCAGAUGUUGAACAGGUCUUGGAGGGUCAAGGUGCCAGUGAGAAUCUUCACGAGAUAUGCUCUAUGUAUCCAUCAAACCUCACUGAGGCUUCUUGCCCGAUUGUAGAUGUUAAGGAGAUGGACAGCACUGUGGAUUCCUCUAGACUUCUGGCUGCUUGCGAAAAAAUUGAUUUCGUCGAUGAGUGUUGCAACCAAGUUUGUCAAAACCCCAUAUCAGACGCCGCUGAAAAAAUUGCUUUGAAGAAUUAUAGUAUGGCGAGUUCAAACGGAGAUCGUGUCUUGGCUGAGAACUCAAUUAUGAUUAAUGAUUGUAAGAGUAUUGUCCUACGAUGGCUUGCCAGUAAACUUGAUCCUUCUUCUGCAAAUAGGUUUCUCAGAGGACUUUCUUGUUGCAACAUAAACAAGGUAAGUGAAUGA